GAGAGGGAGAUAUGUCGCAAAGCACAAGCAGUGUCUGCCGACUGAACACAACAGAUUUCACGCUAUGGGUCGAAGCAAGGAUGCUGAGCAAGGCAACGACAAAGACAGCACUGGCGUUUUAGCAGGAUACUCAAGUAUGUAGUGUAUAUUAUACCUAAAAAUACUGUUUUGCGUUCGUAAUUAUCUUAUAAACUUGCCCCAUGUACACUAGCUAACAACUCCUUCGAGAGAAAAAAGGGAAAUAUUUAUCAGCUGAUCCGUCACAUGGUAGGAGAUAGCUCGCUUGCCAGUUUGCCAAAGCUAGAUAGAGAUGUAUGGUUUCUGGAAAGGUGACCUCAGUUUAAUAUUCGUCCAUACAUUAAUGUUUAUGAGUCUAGGCUUUACUCUCGCAUUAAAUUGAUGCCAAGACGCGGCAGUGCUGCAGCUAGCUUAGCUAACACUGUAUGGGAGAGAUUUGACUUAUCCCCAUACACAUUUGAGCAAGCGUAUUAUCUAACAAAUCAGCGUGAUGUAACAUUUAUAUCGUCAUGAACCACAUACGUGAGCUGAUCAUGCUUCCCCAAUAGUGACAUCCUUAGGUAAGAGGCUGGUGUGUGAUGAUUAUGAGCAGAAAGCUAACCUUUGUUGUCUGGGGUAUGUACCCACGUAUAUCGUGAGCUGGCGAUGAAGGGCCAGUUACCCAUACCUCGAAGUGAGUUUGAACAAAGACUCGUGGUUUGACGUUGCAGAAUACGUAGGUAAGGAGCAAUGACUCCAGGCAUCACGGCAUAUAUUUCCGGUCAUAUUUAGCGCUUGUUUAAUCUUGGGAAACGCGUUUGAUGGCGAAUGGUUGUGUAGAGAGCAAGCGAGUGGGGAAAAGAGCGAGCGACCCCCUGUCAGCCGGAAUACUUAAAGUGUAGCGAGGACGACUGUGCUUGCUUUUUGUGUGAUUCGUUUAGAAUAAGUGACCUUGUGUUUUCGCGUCGUAGCAAUGAAAAAUUGCGAAUAUCAACAAAUAGAUCCUCAGGCACUACCAACACCAACACCAACACCUACACCAACACCAACUCCUCCGUCCCAACCCUGUCCCGAGAAGACCAAAAAGCAACAGAGAAAAUGGGAGAUAUUUCCCGGAAAGAAUCGCUUUUAUUGUGACGGCAGGAUAAUAAUUGCUCGCCAAAGUGGAGUUUUCCCUUUGACUCUCGGCAUCAUCCUCAUCACCAGUGGAUUAUUCUUCAUAUUUGACUGUCCCUUCCUGGUGAAGCACUUGACCAGUGGCAUCCCGGUGAUUGGAGGCGUGCUGGUUGUGUUUGUGGUUAUCUCCCUGCUGCAGACCAGCUUCACCGACCCCGGGAUUCUGCCCCGGGCGACACCAGAGGAGGCCGCCGACAUUGAGAAACAGAUCGAUAAUCCUGGGUCUUCGUCGUCGUCCUCCUCCUACCGGCCUCCUCCGCGCACCAAAGAGAUCGUCAUCAACCAGCAGGUGGUCAAGCUCAAGUACUGCUUCACCUGCAAGAUCUUCCGGCCCCCACGCACCUCCCACUGCAGCCUCUGUGACAACUGUGUGGAGCGGUUUGAUCAUCACUGUCCAUGGGUUGGCAACUGCGUGGGCAAGCGUAACUAUCGCUUCUUCUACUGCUUCAUCGUGUCGCUGUCCUUCCUCACCGCCUUCAUCUUCGGCUGCGUGACCACACACCUGGCCCUGCGGUCACAGAGUGGGACUGGACUGGUGGAUGCUCUUCAGGAUAGCCCCGCCAGUGCUAUAGAGCUUGUGGUCUGCUUUUUCUCUGUCUGGUCUAUUCUGGGCCUCUCGGGCUUCCAUACCUACCUGGUGGCAUCCAAUCUCACCACCAAUGAAGAUAUCAAAGGCUCGUGGUCGGGGAAGAGUGGCUCAGAGGACACUGGGAAUCCGUACAGCCACAACAGCAUCUUUAAAAAUUGCUGUGUUGUCCUGUGUGGGCCCAUGCCACCCAGUUUGAUUGACAGGCGUGGCUAUGUGCCCGAGGACUCCCUCCCCAACGCCACCGUGGAGAUUCAGCUGCCUGCUGCCAAAAAUGACGUGAAUGUGGUAGGCAAAGUGCCCUCGCAAGGUCUCUAGGAGACCCCUGACCAAACCCCUUACCCCCUGUGACCCCUACAUCGCUGCCCCGCCCUUCUUUGUCCUGCUCACUCCAAAGGCCUGAAUGAUGAAUGCCCCCCCCCCCCCCUCCCAACCCCACCCCAUGGAUGCAUCCCAGAGUGAUGUUGUUGUCUCAGUUGUUUGACCUGUGACCCCUGGCAGGAGCCUAACCCGGGCCAAGGCUCUGGCCGUUUUCUCGGGGUGGAAGGCAAUGACGGCUAAGGAAGGGAAUGAGGAAGUCCCAGUAGGUCAGGUGACAGCUGCAGUGCAGUUCGAGAGUUCUGCCUCAGCGCUCACCACGCUUAAAGCUCAGCUCAGCUCCGGGAGGAUUCACUUCCUCUUUUAUUAACUUCUGUUUGCUUUUUCUAAUUGUCAGAGUAACGCGCCAUGUCUGUUUACGGUAAGGUUGUGAGGGAGAAGGGUUGGACUGGGUAGCCACCCAGCAGUGAAUCUAACCGAGUGUCAUUGCCACAGAGUGCUUCCAGUCAGUCACCCAGCAGUGAAUCUAACCACGUGUCAUUGCCACAGAGUGCUUCCAGUCAGUCAGUCAGUUAGUCAGAUAGCGUAACGCUUUCAGCUCCGGCUGACCUCUGUCAGUGAUUAGGUCUCGGGAAAUCAAAGAGGAACUGAGACCAGUAGUCUCAUCCACGCCACACAUGCACACAGACUUCCCCACUGUCACCCACUUACACACACACACACACACACACACACACA